ACGAGUCAGUGCACAAAGCAGUUUGAAUCUGAAACGCUGAGACUCACUUCCAAUCCAGUGAAAUUGGUGCUAGUUUAGAUUAGUUUAGAUUAGUUUAGAUGAGUUUUGUUGUUUAGCGUAGUUUAAUUUAGCUUUAUUUACUUUAGUUUAGCUUUGUGGUUUGGUUCAGUUUAAUGCAGUUUAGUUUAAAUUUAGUUUAGACAUAAGACAACCAGUAAGUGACUUUAUUACUUCUUCUGUGACAAGUGUGAGAGCCUAUGUCUACCGGUAAAACAUUGAUGAAAAAUUAGGAAUGAACAUGAAGAUUAUAAUUCUCAUGCAUCAUUUUAAGUUAUUAAGUCAUAAUUAUGACCUUGGACUUGUCAUGCUUAUGAGGCACUUCAUUAAAUGUGUGCCAUAAUAUACGCAUAGUAAUGCCUCAUUAUGAGCUUGUAAAUUCUGUUUCUAAUUCGAUUUAAUAAUUCUAAUUCAAUUAAUAAUUCUUGAGAUUCUAAGUUAUUAGAAUUAUUAGUGAGUUAUUAUUGGUGAAACCAAAGUCUCUGUUAACUCUGCAAAGAGUUUUACAACAGUCGGACAGUCUUUGUUUUUACAUUCUGUAGUGACCACAGGUACGGCCAUGAUCAGUCCGGGGUUGAUUAUUAACCAGCCAACGGGGGCGGCAGUUGUUGAGUACAGCCACUAAGCUGUCCAGCCUAGAGAAGGUUGGCCAUACCUGUUUUUACUCUUAUUUUAUUCAUCUAAUCGUUUAACCCCUUUGGUUUCUCAUCAUCUGCCUCCACAUCAUACACAGGCCAGGCUGGUUGUUUGGAAAUGAAGCUGUGUCUUCUUUUCUUGCUUUGUCUCUGCUGUCUGGGACUGACUGCGGAGCCCACUCCUGGAGCUCCUGAUGUCUCCGAUCCUGUAGAUGAAGAGAAGGAGACGGAGGAGGUUCACAGCUGUGGAGGAAGGCGGGUGUUCAGCCCUGAGGAACACAGGGCAAUAGGGGGUGCCAUAGAGCGACUGGGUUUACAGCUCCUGGAAAAGCUUCUUAUUGGUCCACAGCAGCCGAACGUCGUCCUAUCACCUCUCAGCCUGGCCUUUGCCCUCGCCCAGCUGACCUUAGGUGCUCGCAACAAGACAGAGAAGCUAUUGCUGGAGAGCCUUAAUGCCCACAGUCUGCCGUGUUACCAUCACAUACUGGGAGGCCUUCUACCUCAUUUCAGAAACACAUCGUUGGAGGUGGCAACACGCAUGUACCUGAGACCAGGAUUUGAAGUGAAGUUGUCUUUUGUUGAGGACUCUCUGGCCAGGUACCAAUCACAGCCCGUCCCUCUGGUCUCUGUGGAGGAGGUCAACCAAUGGGUGGAGAACGCCACCAAUGGUCACAUUCCCAACUUCCUGGAAAGUAUUCCACAUGAUGUGGUGCUUAUGCUCAUGAACGCUGUGUACUUCAAAGGUGAAUGGCAGACACGAUUUGACCCCCUGGCGACCUCUAAGGGAGUUUUCUACCUGGACAACCAGAACUCUGUGUCAGUGGACAUGAUGAAGUCUGCCCAGUACCCUCUCCGCCUGCUGGAUGAUCCAGAACUGGAAGCACAGGUUGCCAGUUUUCCCUUCAAGGGAAACACCAGCUUCUUAAUCGUCAUGCCCUUGCUGGGCAGAGGAAACGUGUCAUCUGUGCUUCCCAAACUGAACAUCUCCGACCUUUACAGACGUCUACCUCAGGAGAAAACAAUGCAGGUCAACUUACCCAAGGUGAAGCUGCAGUACCGGCAGGAGCUCCAGGAAGCGCUGACCAGCAUGGGCCUCGGCUCUCUGUUUUCAGGUCCUGACCUUUCUGGGAUUUCCGACCACCCUCUGAGGGUGACAGGUGUCCGCCAUGCCAGCACCAUAGAACUUAACGAAGAAGGCAUGGAGGCGUCCGCCAGCACUGUUGUAACCUCCAUGCGCUCCGUCUCCCUCUUCUCCGUCAACUCCCCUUUCCUAUUCGCCCUUGUCGAUGAUGUUUCCCUGGCCCCUCUCUUCAUGGGCAUCGUCACGAAACCCGCCCCCGGCAACGACCCUAUGCUCAAUGAUGAUCCCCAUGGCAACAGCACCAUGGGCGAUCAACCUGUGACGGAGGAUGUCAGGAAAAGAGACAUAAAUAGCAAACACAGCAACAGUUCUUGCAGCGAGACAGAGCCAGCAGAGGGCAGCAGUAUGCAGUCAUGUAGCUUAGCAUAAAGACUGGAAAUGGGGAAAGUGCUAGCCUGGCUCUGUCCAAAACAAAAUCUGCCUUCUAGCACCUCUAAAACUCGCUAAUUAACACUAUAUAUCUGGUUUGUUUAAUCUGUAUAAAAACCAAAGUGUGAAAACGACAAGUUGUGGUUUUUAUGUGCGGGACUAUUUCUUGUUUGGGCACAGCGACUUCCUAGAGUCUUGUCAUCGUGGAGUUGCCAGGCAACUAGCACAGACAGACGUGACAGUGGUAUCGAUCUUUGCAUCUAAAUCUCUACAAGAAAGCAAAUAAGCAUAUUUCCCAAAUGGUCAAACUUUUCCUUUAAAGUAGAUUCAGACGUGCAGCAGAGGACGAACGCGUCGGUCUUGUGUUGCUCAACAGGCUUUGGAAUUCAACAUGGAAAAAUAUGCAAAUGCUCUGCAAUUAUAGCGAUCGGUAUUGAGUUUUAUAUGAAGUCAGAAAAGUCAACAAGUUUAAAUACUAAAAAGCAGAGUAAUGUUUUUAUAAUCUCACUUCACAAAUUUACCAGAUUAAUUAAGUUUUAUCAAAGUUAUCAGGUUUCUGAUGUGAUAUAAAUGUUAAAAUACAGCGUUCAAUGUGUAUAAUACACUUAUUAGGCCUGGCAAUGCAUUUUACCAAUAUUCUUUCCAGCAAGUUGUGCAUUAUUAUGUUAAAAGUCUAUUUUUUCCCUUUGCAGAUGUUUUAUCUACAAUGAGAUGAUUUAAAUUUGAUAUUCAGUCACAGAAAAUAAAAUGUUCACACAAAAAGUA